ACACUAUAGAUAGAGGCUAUGAUCUUGCCACGAAGGGGAGGGGCUCUUGCCUCUGGUGUGCUGCCUGAUCUGGAGGAGAAAUAUCCGUCCCCCAACAGCACAGCAAGUCUACCGAAAAUACGGACGGACAGACUGCGGCGGGCUGACGGUGACGCACAUGGAGAUCAUUUUUACAUUUUUUAAAAUCAAUUGGACAGAGAGAGACAGAUGAACGUGUUUUCUCUUUUAUUGCAAAUAGUCUACUGCGCCAGACUGAUAGUCCAAACAGCUGAUUUACCACUUCACGAGAGCGAGAUAUUCGUGUUGUAGCCUAAAAUACUGUCAGUGGGCUCAAUAAGAAAAUCCUUGAAGGUAUGUAGCUAGGCUAAAUCUCAUAUAUUUUUAGGAAACAUUACACUGCGUUUCAGUGAACAAAAAUCGGUGAAAUGGAAACGUGCUUGAUAUUGGCACAUCCUCUCCUCAUUCAGAUGUGUUGAUGUAGAAUAUCAAUGCUUAUGACUGCAGCCUAGUCAGUCAAUAGCCUAUUCGUGUUUUCAUGUAGGUUUAAGUAUAUAUAUAUUUUUAACAUGAAUGUUUGACAGAAGUUUACCUCUUAAAGGUAACAUUUUUCAUCACCAUGGACAGCGCACUCUCAUCAGUUGUGGCAUUGAGAGAUGUCACCAAACAUGUUUUGGAAAGACAAAAAUGUACAUUAUGUAAUAUUUGGGCAAUCUGAACAACAUAUGGAAUUGUGAAUCUAUAUUCUGUCCGUUUUUUCCGAAAUAUUAUUUUGACUGUGUGGACUUGAAUGAAUGCCAUUCUGUCUUCAAAUGUGCCUCUAGCCUGUUUACCCGCUGGGCAGGGGACUUUUCAACACCUCAGGGAAAAUUCACAUACUAGUGAAUAAUAAGUGGGGCAAGUAUUCACUUCUGACAAACAUUCAGCCUAUUCACCGGCUUGCUAUUCACUGGUUCUUAAAGAUGUCAUUUAAAGUUAAAUACACUCUUGGGGUGAACUAAAAUGGAUGUUGGGAGUUGGGUUCCGACCGCAGGAGAUGGGACAGGGAAUUUCACCCCGGCCAACCUCCUGCUGGCUUCCCAUAAUGGGACCGGUCCGACACCGGGGGAUAACGGUCUGUCCAACAACAGCCAGCAGCACUACAUCACAGACCAAGUCUACCGGGACUUCACCACUACCAUCCAGGUGUUCAUCCUCAUAGGAUCCCUGUUGGGCAAUGGCACUGUUCUAUGGUGUACCUGCUGUACCAGUGUCUUCAAGUCGGUGACCAGUCGCUUCAUUAAGAACCUGGCGUGCUCAGGGAUCUGUGCGGGUCUGGUGUGUGUUCCCUUUGACGUGGCUCUAGGGGCCAGCCCUCGCUGCUGCUGGUGGCUACACACUCUGCUGCUCUGCAAGGCCCUGAAGUUCCUCCACAAACUCUUCAGCUCCGUCACCGUGCUCAGCUUCGCUGCCAUCGCACUGGACAGGUACUACUCUGUCCUCUACCCUCUGGAGAGGAAGAUCUCAGACGCCAGGUCACGUGACCUCGUCAUCUACAUCUGGAUCCACGCCACCAUCGCCAGCGUGCCCGUGUUCGCCUUAACCAACGUUACGGACGUGUAUGCAACCUCGUCCUGUUCCGACGCCCGUGCCCGCUCCCUGGGUCACAUGGUCUACGUGUUGACCUACAACGUAACCACGGUGAUCCUUCCGCUCGUUGUCGUCUUCCUGUUAAUGGUCCUGAUUCGCAGAGCUCUCAACGCCAGCCAGAAGAAGAAGGUGAUCAUCGCAGCAUUAAGAACACCUCAGAACUCCAUCUCCAUCCCUUAUGUCUCUCAACGCGAGGCUGAGCUACAUGCUACGUUACUGGCUGUGGUGUUAGCCUUCUCAGCCUGUAGCGCCCCCUAUGGGGCGUUGGUGGUAUACCGCACUCUUCUCGGGGACGGGGAGGACUUGUCCCUUUCUCUCCAUCUCACGGCCAUCUGGCUGCCCAAGGUGUCUCUCCUCACCAACCCUCUACUGUUUCUGACGGUGAACGGCUCGGCUCGACGCUGCCUGUUUGAUGUUCUAGUCCGGGUACACAGACGCUACAGCCGGCGUAACGUGGUCAGCACAGGGGAUCUGGGGCUGAGGGGCGAGGGAGGGUUGGGAGGGUCUGGGACCCUGGAGGGGUCUGCUCGCGCUGGGAGCCAGCUCCUGGAGAUGUUUAAUAUCGGACAGCAGCAGAUCUUUAGGCCGACCGAUGAAGAGGAGGAGGAGGUGGAGAAUGCGAGCCCUUCAUCAGGGGUGGGCGGCUGUCCUCAUCCCAAUGAGAACCACCACCAGGCAGGAGGAGGAGGGGGAGGAGGGAGACAUGGAGGGAAGGUGGUUCUACAGAAAGAGACCGAACCAACCAGAGAGAGCAUCCCGGUAUCUAAAGAACAACCUCCUCUCUUAUUGCCCGAGGUCUCACCUGUCCGUGCCUGUGCUUACACCUCCUCGUCACAGGUGGCGCCAGCAACCCCCACGGAGCCCGAGGACGCCACCCAGUUUGGGUUCGGGCCAUUUGAGCUGCCGCCCCAGUGGCUGCCGGAGACCAGGAACAGUAAAAAGAGGCUCCUCCCACCGCUAGGGAACACCCCAGAGGAACUGAUCCAGACCAAACAGCCACGCCCAAGGCCAGAACGACGAAUCAGCAGGAACAACAAGGUCAGCACCUUCCCCACAUCGACCCCUGAACUAUAAACCCCGACCUUUGAACUGAUGGCCCCUGAUCACAGCUAUCGGCGGAGGUCAGCAUGUGGAUGAUUUGUGAUCCGUUUUGUGUCAAUGACUGGGUACAAAGUCAGUGGAGGAAACCCCACUUGAUCAACCACCUGACCAACCACCUGAUCAACCACCUGACCAACUAUCUGACCAAUCACCUGAUCAACCACCUGACCAACCACCUGCCCAAGGGCCCCCUGUAAGAGAGAACAGAAAGUACAACUCCAGAGCUCGAUGAGUCUGUCUCAUUGUUGAUUCUCUCUGUCGUGUAAUGCAGUGGUUCCCAAACGUUUUAUAGUCCCGUACCCCUUCAAACAUUCAACCUCCAGCUGUAUCCCCUCUAGCAUCAGGGUCAGCGCACUCUCAAAUGUUGUUUUUUGCCAUCAUUGUAA